AUGCUGCGCAUACUAGAAGUUAUUAAGAAUCUGGAUAUGACAUGCUACGAGAGUCGCAGUUGUUCAGGGUAUUGCGCCCUGAUUGACUCAGAAGCCAGCAGAUUAAAAGGAUUUAUACUAAGGCAUUUGAAAAUAACGAUACUUGAACCCACCUGUGUGAAAUUAAGUUAGACAUGGCAUAGAAAAAUGUUUAUUUUAAGUGAACCUCCUGUGUGCUGCUGAGCGGAAGGAAAAUAGAAACAUUCUCACUGUGAACAAAUACACUAUCAAGUCACGAUACUUCUCGUCGCUUGCAACGUUCUAACCAUGAACUUAUGUCCUAAAAAGGAUUCACAACAACGUUACUCAUAAUAUGCAUUUCAUAAAAAGUCGCGUAUUCUUCGAAUUUGCAGUUGAAAACUGCAGCAGAUUUUGGAUUAAAGGACGUUCAUUCAUCCACUAGUGUUUUGAAACAUAAACUGCGCCCUUGCUUGUCCUGAUGAAUUCUGAACUGAUUGGUGUGUACUGUCAUUAAAACAAUUUCAUAGAUCGUAGUAUACCCCUGAGGGGCGACAUACUGGUGUCAACGGGGGGUUAGAAUAGAUGUGAAUUUUCGCGUGCUUAGUUGGCGGGCUCGAGAUAACUGCGGGUAUUCGGUCGCAAAUGCGUAUGUGAGCGUCGCAAGUGUCUGCUUUUUACGAAACUGAAAUGCUGUCUUUUUUGCAUGUUAAAGCUUUAGAGAGACACAUGGCCACGUAUCGAAAAAUAAGCAAUAGAAAUUCAGGACAUUCUGAUAUUUGCAUCCACUUUAUGUCAUACGCACUAAUAUAUGUAAUCAUCGAGAAGAUUCCCAGUUCUUAGGCCAUCGUUUGUUCCCUAUGUGGAUUCAAGCAGUUAACUGAAAAGAUGCUCUACUGAAAGCUAUUGUGCUACCCUCUGCUUCACAAAAUCACACUCAGGUAAACUUUUCCCUUUAAAUACAUAUAUAGGAUUUUGAAUGUAUGUUAAUACUUCAGCUCUUAUUAUGUUACCCUUCGCCAAAUAUAAUUUCUAAUUUUUCACAAUCCACGCUCUCUUGUUUCACGGUUAGUCUAGAGACUGCAUUAUAUCACAAAAGUUUCAAGCACUCGACAAGGACAGAGUUGAUGAUUGACACCUUAAUGGGAUUUCCGCUUUCGGAGGCUGCCAGAGCCAUACGAAUAUUACAAAAUUCAAUCGGAACUACCGUCUAGUUCAGACUUCUUUUGCUUUACAGUUACUUCAUUCUUGCACUGACAGGGGCAAAUUUGUUCGCCUGGAAAACGUUGUUUGCACCAUAAAACCUGGCUGCACGGACCACCCGGCCUGGCCAGAGGGUAUUUGCACCGAGUGUCAGCCUAAGCCAAUCACCCUCGAAGUGCAGGCCUACCCUCACGUGGACUACGUGCAAUUCGAAAACGGCCAGAUGAUGGAGACCUUUUUGGAUUACUGGCGCUCGACGGGUAACCAGCGAAUUGGUGUGCUCCCGGGCCGCUACAUGCCCUUUGACACCCCUGGUGCUCCUCCGCUCUUCAUUAAGGCUGUCGUCUCGGCUAUCUCCAAAUCGCCCCAGGUAGGCAAAACCUCUCCCCAUCUAUGUUUAUACACGGCCCUUGCACUCCUUCUUCCAUCCUAUCUGCCAUUAAUAGCCCCUUCAUCUUUCCCCCUCACCCCCUACUUUCCCGUUGGCACACCAACUUUAGGGACAUGCACCGUCUAGCGUCUGUGUAAUAGGUUGUGUGCUCCUAAACCGCUACAUGCCCCUUGACACCCCCGGUACUCCUCCGCUCUCCAUUAAGUCUGUCGUCUCGGAUAUCUACGAAACGCCCCAGGUAGGCAAAACCUCUCCCGAUGUAUAUUUAUACACGGCUCCAACUCUCGCUCUCCUCCUAAUGGAAGCGAACAGGCGAGUUCCAGUUAGCAGUUCAGAAGACGAAGAUGUAAUCACUGGAACAGGAAAUUUAUUGGCUUGAAGUUUCGGAUUCUCACUAGAGUCCAUCAUCAGUGACAGUCUCACAUAAGGGUAAUAGUGGCACAAUAAGUGCAGUAUUUAAAGCACAUGGCUGCCUUGGAACCAUAUGCGCACUGCAAUUAAUUGCAGUUAAUUACAGUCUUCUCUUUCUUCCCUCUUAUCUGUCAUUCAUAAUCCAUUCAUCUUUCCCUCUCACCCCUUACUUUUCCGUCGUCACACCAACUUUAUGGACAUACACUUUUUAAUGUUUGUGAACUAGUUUAGAAUGCCCAAUAUUCCGAACGCCGAGUAGCUAGUUCCGCCCUACUUUAGUUCGAUUCAUUCUCUCCAGGGCUUCCACAUAGUCCCUUUUACUCCCCAUCGAUGCCGACUUCACUUAGUCAACCUCACUAUCAACUUCUCUGCGAUCCGCUUCAUGGAACAGGAUCUGCUCCCAAUGGCUGGAAUAACGAGACCUUUGGAACCCACUGACAUGAGGGUUGUCAAAUGCCGGCCGGUGUCAGGCGUGAGACCGCUUUAUCCCAACCUGGGCGUUUUUUGUGUUCAGGUCCCGUAUCCAUCAAACAUUGAGGCCUCGAUGGUCUGUAUGAUCUUUUGCAGUGCAUGCGCCAUAGAGAUGGUUUGAUGGCUGUCUACUUGCAAAUGACGAUUGCCCUCACAACGUUAACCGCCGACAACAUCAGCCUUUUCUACCUAACGAUGGUUUUCUUACUUCGAAGCCUCCUUGAAUUCUGGCCUUUGCAUACUUGGGAAAAGUACUGCUCUAAAAGAAAUUUAUCUGAAACGAGGAGGGGUCGACAGUUGAAACGUAGACUUUUGCAGCCAAAAUGAUCCUAAUUCUUUGCUGAAGACAAAGUUAGAGGAAGCAAUUCGGCGAAAAUACAUUGUAUAUAGAAGUCUGCAGUAAAAAGUGUUUAUCCUAGCCCCCUUGUUUGCUACACCUUACAGUUUUUGAGUAACCCAAGUUGAGUAACCCAAGCAUGCAGUCGCUGUAGUAAUUUUUAUUCUUGAUUAUCAGAUACCUAUCCUUUUUAAGCCUGUUCUUCGUGAAAUGAAGGAGUAGUGCAUGUGGGAUGCAUUCGACAUGCCUCAGCUAACCUAGGCCUACAUCAGCCCCCACCUCCAGCCGUCAUGGUUAUAUUUUACAACCGGAAGUUCCUUGGUGUUGGAGGAAGGAGUGAGGUAUGUACAGCGGGUCCGUUUCGCCAUAAACUGAUCCUCAUGCAGGUAGUCAUUGUCUUUGUGAUGGUUCACACCGGCUGCUAUGAUGUGACCUUAAAAACCGCUUUUACUACUGUGCUUUAGAACAGGUCGUAAAUAUCCGGCAAUUAUUUUCACACAUUUUUGUGAUUUAGGACAUUCUUUAUAAUAAAAAAUAAUAUGGUAAUUUCCGAGUAUUGAUGUCGAUGUAACCACAACUGAAUACCAACAGUAGCAUCCGUUCUUCAAAAAGCGAUCGAAAAACGAUACGCAGCAAACGAUACGCGAAGCAAAAUGCAGCAUGUGAUGCUUAAAUGCUUGUGCGUCGGGCGGAUAUUUUCGGCGAAAUAUGUCGAGGAUGGCGCAUACCAUUGGGAAUAAUUUCUGCUUAACACUGAUGUGAAUGGAUUCGUUAAAGCGUCAUUACACUCAUCCAUAUGAAAGAUUAGCAGAAGAAUUAAGGGACCAUAAAUGGACAGUAGAAACUGAAUGAAACUGGGCAUUUAUGAUAAAAGUUAAUUCCACGUAGAAGAUGAGUUACAGCAGACGUAUGAUCUGUCUGGAUGAAGGGGUGAAACUAACAUGACUGCUGAACAACCGAUGGCAAACCUAGCGCUGCGGAAAACCGCGGGCGAAGGCUGUAAGUGGCGCCGACAUCGAGAGGGGCAGAGAGAGGUAGAAGAGAUAGUUGUGGGUGGGGAACGAGGGGAACGAAAAGAAAAACGCCAGCUAUUGUCAAUGAUACGCAUUCGCGCUAUCACUAUCGCAGAUACACUUUGAAGGUGUCCACUCAAUUCAGACAAAUGUAUAGAUGUCGUGGGACGCUACAAUUUUACACGCCAAUGGCAGACAUUUGCAAAAUAGCCAGGCCAGGAUCACCAUUCAUUUUCCUUAGCGCUGAUUGAUUGAACCAUAAGACUUUGUCUCUUGGACAUUUGCUGCUAGAGCCCGCAUUUCUGCCAGGCUACUGCGUGUACCACCUGUUUUAUUGUUUCAUUGAGCAUAUAUGUAUUUUGCGUAUAUUUAAACCUUAUUUUUAAUAAAUGUGUACAUUUUUGAUCUCACUCUAAGCUGAUUCCUUGACGUCUCCCUCCCUUUAAGAUUUCCGGUAGUGAGGUUGGGUGUCAGAACAAAGUCCUGAGGUUCCUAGAAGAGAGAACACUUUUGAAAUGUCGAAGGUUAGAAAAAUUUGAUCCGCAGUAGUCUGAUAUUAUUGCGUGAAAAUGAGUGCCGACGGAUCAAUGAAGAUGAAAGAGGCGAAAAAAAGGAAGACAUGAGUAUCAGCUUUUGCGGUACCCAUCCUGAGUGUGUUAUUGCGCAGAUUUAGGACGUACACUUUUGGUGGUAACAUAAGGUGAUUGCUAUAUAAUAUUAUGAUGGCUUAGAAUGAUAGUAUGGGAUAUGUUUGGAAUCUGAACGUUAAAAUAGUCAGUUACAAGCGUUGUUUGAAGAGUCCCAGACAUUUGGGGGUAGCGGUGAUCACUAAUACCCAUGAAUACCAACGCCCACUCACAGAGACCAGCUGGUGUAUAUUAUAGCAUCAGUUUAAGCACAAGUAGGCCGCAGAAGAAGCAGCACUAUCUCAUAAGUGAUUACCGCGCAACAUCGGGAGAUGGGAUGUGCCCCUAGAUCCGAAAUCCUGAGCGCUUGAUACCUGCCAGUAUGUAAGAUUCUUCUUGACCGUGCGUUUUAUUGAGGUAGUAUUUGCGCGGUCUAGGUGAAAGACUUCAUCAAACUUUUUUCUCAGGGAUGAUAUUACGAGUCCAGUCAUCUGAUGGAACGAAGCGCGUAGAAGUCUCCGAAACCGAUUACAUUUCCACCCUUUUUGACCGUACGGCUAAGGAAUUUCAGUUAAACCAUGAUGACGAGUGGUACCUGUCGCGGACUCGACAAAUAUCGGAUGCAUUUAAACCGAAAAGCCGAACUCAAAUAAGAUCGGCCCAGCUCCGGUAAUUAUCUUGGUUUAAUCAUCUUUUCUUUCUCUAGUUUCUUUCAAUUUUGCUUUUUCCUUUGUUAGAACUGGCAGCAACUAAGCCUUCGGUGUUAUUAUGAUAGUGCGCCAGCGUAUAGGUGGCACAGCGCACCAUUGAGGUGCUGGCAACUAAUGUCCUGCUGUUCUCCACUACAAAUACUUUAGCUGUGGAUAAUCGACUCCGACGUCCAGGGGACUUUCUAACCUGCUACUUGGGCUAGGCCCGAUAAUACGAUCUCUCGACGCUCCUGAAGCUUGUUUGUAUGUCAUGCGUCCUCUACACUGCUGGAGUAAUCGACGCUUGCAUGCGUCCAGCAUAAGAUGCCGCAUAUCCCAGUAGUGCGAGGCGGUUCGUGGGUGGUUAUGCGUCCGUCGUCAUGUUGAGUCUGCCUGAAAGCAAUCAACCAAAUCAGUCAUAUAAAAAGUAGCACAUUUAAUGACAUGGAAUGCGGAGUCCAUUGUUAUCAGGGGAACGUCACGAAAAGGUUUGCCACAACCUUCGCGUCAAUAGUGUACGUGUUGGCUGCUUAUACAUUUUGAUUUCUCUCCCUAUGUUUGUUGUAUUUUGUAGUCUUUUCGGUCUGGCUGAUGCUGUCGUCAGUUGCUCCUUGGGUUAUUCAGGGCGGUGUAGCUGUGCUCACACCGCUCAUCUCCGUAUGCGGGGGGCCGAGGGACAUUAGUGGAUUGUUCGGUACCAACCAUCUGCUCCUAAGGCCCACCCGUUAACCCCUAACCUUUGUAAAUAAAUGGAAUGAAUAGUCGUCUCACGAAAUUUGGACAAGAGCUGGGAGCAAAAAAGCCAUUCAUUUAGGUAAUCUACCGAAAACUACACUGUGCCCAUUUUCUAAUUGUUGGCUAUACUCAGACCUAUUUUACAUAGUUUGGACUAUUUAGUCCCGGCUUAACCGCAUAUUGACAGUGCGCAUACAUGUUCAAAAGACUUCCCCCAACAAAAGCCCAACACAACCAUUUUACUGGGGUAAGUGUGUAUUGAUGGUGCAGCCCAACGCAUAGCGACCACUCUGCUGUAUGCUACUAUAUCCAUGUUUCUACCUUAUGAAUACUCGAGUUUGGGCUUUAGGACAAUUAAUUGACCUUCCACGUCGGAAAAUUUACCUGUGACAUGAAUUCCUGCUUAAUUCACAGCGUUACACUAAACGCCGCUGUGUGACUUUACGAGUUGUCCACGUUGACCAUGUUGAAUUUUAAGAAAUUGUCUUUCGCCCCUUAGGUCAGUUCUUGCUCAACCCAUACGAUUUUCAUUCUUCGAAUGAACCAACCUUUUCCACUACUAUUUGCUCUUGGAAAUUGUUAAAAAGCGUGUUUUAAAGACACGCUAUAGUUUGUUAAAUGCCGUUUCACGGUGCAGGUUAAAUGCCUCGUUGGUAGACAUUUUUCAUUCCGGCGGUUUGUCGGUAAAUUCAUGUAAUUAGUUAAACCAGUUGGCACGCCAGCCACUCGAACCCUAUAUCUUGCAGUCAGAGGUGGGUCUAACGUCCGCUUUUACCAUCUUCAUCCAUGUCGUUAUUUGACCAGUUACGUCGGCGAGUUCGGGGGAUAUGACAUCCUGUACGAUUUCCGCUGCGGGUCAACUCAUCACAUCCACUAGCUAUCAGAGUUGGGGAAAAAGAGGAGGUCAAUUAAUCGGUAGUUUUCCUGUUUAAAUAUACCAUCUUUUGUUGGGGAAGCAAUUUAGCUGAUUAAAAGAGAACAAGAAUCGUUGAUCAAUCAUUUAUAGGCAGCAGAAACCUUGACUCAUGGACUAAAAUUUUUUCUACCACGGGCCCCUUCUCUUCCAAGUAUAGUCGUUUGUUUGAUCUCACACAGAGUAGGAGGUUUGGCCGAAGUUGAACAGACGCUUCUUACACUUAUUUCUCUACCCUGUUCGCUUGACAUAAAUUUUGACCCAAUGUGGGUGAAACUCCUCACUAGCUUAAGAGCCUUGCCAUCUAUCUUGCCUUGGUUGAUGCCUCCGACUGUGAACUCCGAGUCGAUCGCCUGUGUUUUGGGAAAUCUAUUUCGGAAUUCAUAUGGGCUACUUAGAUACAACUUGCUGCAUGUCUGCAAAGGAGCAUAUUCGUACUACGACAUCGCCAACUCAGUCAAGAUAUGGCCUGGGCGGACUAUGGACUAAUAUAACGCCGAGGUGCUCUUCCAAGGUUUGUUGCAAGAUCUAGUCUAAUAUGUAAUUGAAUAAUAUCAGCCAAAGGGCGCCGUCCUCAUCGAGACAGGUAUCCUUGAUUUUAUUACUGCACUCAUAGCUCAUUCCAAUUUUCUUGCUCGUUCUGUGAUAUUUUUUUGAAUCGAUCUUAUCACCUUUGGUGGUAUGCGACCAGGCAUCAGGGUAGAGCACAGAAGACUCCUAUUGUUACAGUGAGAUGCAACAGAAAAUCUACUGAUUAAACGAGAGUGCACUGCUGAUAAUAUUUACGGAAAUCGAUUUUUGGAGGGAGCGAAUGGCAUUGCUCCACACAAUGUUUCCUCGACCGAUUAAGGAAGACGCCUGUGAAGACAGGAAUUUCGAGGAGCUUAGUGCAAAGAUAGUUCUUACACUACAAUCUCUCACUUCUUAAAGAUCAGUCUAACGACGGUACAUCAUCAGUCAGCGGAUUCAUUUUCUGCCACCUACAUCUGUGUCAUAAAGCUUCUCAGCUAAGUUUUAAAACAUUUCUUGUAGAUUUUCACCAGAAGGCAGACCUGAGUAUGUUUGCCCGCCUUCCAGCCUUAAUACUGCACACAAUAUCAUAAUAAACAGAUUGAUGUUGAAGCAGGUAUACUUAAAGACAUCUAAAAGAACCACGCCUCCCUUACCCAGAGUCUUUUCAAAAUAUUCUUCUAAUUAGGUGUCCUGUCUGAUAAUGAUGCUACUGCCACAGCUGCGUUGCCUAGGGCAGUCCGGGAGGACAUUUUCCACUAUAUGCGGUGGAAUCUCUUAAUGUCAAAGUCGACUGAACUGCGUUCAUAGCGUUGGCCGUUUUCAUCCGAAAUUACAUGUGGUGGUCCUGACCCGUCCUGGCGCCAACAUCUGGUCGCAUAGUUCACCAGAGAUCCAGUCCUUGAAGCGAGACUUACUGCCGCCUAGCCCAGCUCGAGAAGUACUCCGGUCCAUUUUUUCAACUGGGUAUGUACACGAGGCGGCUUUCGCCUACGUCAGUACAUCAAAACGUCUGAGGGGUGUCAGAAAGUAGCGCGUAACAUUAACAAAACCCAUGAUGUGUUGAGUUCAAUCGCUGUUCAAGUCUCUUAAUCUUAGCCGUAGCCAGACCUCCACAAAUGAGUGACCAGAAUCGUCCUCACACUUCGUGUCGACAGCGUACCGCGAAAGAGUCUUUCUCUGAGCUGGCCGGAGUAAUCGGUAAAGUAUGUUAUCAGUUUCGUCUUGACUGUUGCUAUCAUUUGAAUACUGGGCGAAGAGAUGCGUCACGUUGACGGAAUGGUAUUUUUAACUAUAUGACUUUUCAGCUCAGCCAAACGCGUUCGCCUUCAACAUAAGCACAACGGCUUCUCACCGUGUAGUUGUCGGUGACUCGUUUCAGAGAUGCAUCACGCUUCUCUGUCCUGGCACUUCAUUCUACCACAACGAGAAAGUUGUGAUUUAAACCACCCAUGGGUACUAUCUAAAGUUAUUCGUGAAAAUUCCCACUCUACAUAUUGGUAGAAUCCAACGUUCGUGGGUGCAGAAACUGUGACCGAGAACAGCAGCCUAGGCCCGUAUGCCCGUAACACCAGUUUCAUUGUAUAAGCGAAGCUUCGACCAGAUCAGUCACGACGAUUGUGACAUUAUUCCCGCCAGCAGUUUGAGUGAUACUCCAUUGAUGGAUGUGAAAACAUCCGUUUGCUCCUGGGGCCUUAAUUCUCUGCAGAUAGCAACUUUACGAGCGCACCCCAAGAAGACAAAGAAAUCUGACAUUACUUCUCUUAUCCCAGCCUGGUUCGUCUAUGCAACGAGACUUCUCAUAUGCCAGCAAGCACUGCUCAUUCCUCCUUUUUUCCAAACCAACCACCUUACAUAUUUUUAUUCCGACCCAUUAGCCGAUAUCCAGACUCUUCUGCUUCCGAAAAUGCCUUAAUAUGAAUCGAGCGUCGCGGUUGUUGGACACGCAUUGUUGAAGAAGGAGACACGAUCGCCGGGACUCUUGUCCCGGCGAUGGUGUCUCCUUCUUCAAGACUACUUCCUGGGACUCGUCUCUUCGCUCCUAUUGGCAACGCAUUGUUGAGUUCAGGGUACUGACAAAAUUUGGAUUCCUUUCUCUCCAACUCAGCUCUUGCAGUAGUAGCAAGCCGCCAAAUCAGCAGUUGGAGGAAGAACUCGUUUAGUGGUGACUCAUGGUCGUUUUGCUGCCGUGGGUGCGUCGCACGUCGUUCCUCUGCGUUUUAGUAACUGCCUAUUUAUAUAACUCAGUAGCCUGCCUAUUUUAAGAUUGAAGGCUAUUCCACCUUUCCUCGCAUACAGGCGCUGCAGAUAGCUCGUAAAUAGAUCAACAGGCCACUUAAAGCACUGCCCCCAGCAUCCUUUGGGCGGCAUCUUUUCUUCAUGGUACAUAUUAACAUUUUAUUUCACAUACGCUCCCAUCAAGAGUACCACUUCCUGCACUCCUUUUCCGUAACGUUACCCUUUUACCCUUUCAGAAAUGGCGAUAUGCUUUAUCUUCUCAAGACACCGAAAGCAGUCACAACUGCCGAUGACACUGCAAGUGUACGCUUUUCCUGUUUCUUGUGUGUUUUUUUUCUUGAAACGCCUGCGCCUGUUCGUCCGCAAUUUGCGCAUCGUUGGCAAUUCCUAAAUGUUUUUUUUUAUUUUGCCGAUAAGAUGCCGGCUAAUCCUAGCGAAUCUAAAUAACAAAUAGUCUGCCCGAGGUUGCUAUUGAAACAGCUAAAAAGUCAAACGAGUCGUUGAAAGGUUAGGCGUUGGCUUGUAAAUUUUCUGGUCGGUAAUAGUAGCCCAUCAUCAACCGAUGUAAGUGCGAAAAGUCGGGUGCAUGCGCUGGAAGAUGUGUGAUAAGAAAGUUAGUAUCAGUGCUUGGGGAAAAAGAGGGUUAUGAAUAAUGCUCAGCGCGCCUAACCUUCUAUUCGCUCAGUACUAUUACAUGGUGGAAAUGAGAGAACUGUGUUCGGGAAUUCAAUCGAGACACUCCCUCUCUACGUGUGCGAUACAUGUUGCGUGCGCUCUUAAAACGUACGCACCCUGAAAUUAUUGUACCGACGCUGUUUACACACCAUUCUUCGGAUUCAUUUCUGAUCAUCUCUUCAAAAAACGGCCAUAGUCGGUCAGAAACUCAACUCACCAACUGUCCCCCUUCUUAUUCGACGAUAGAUGAUUCGGUCGUGCGCUGCGCCGACCGAAAGGCGAAAUCGCCUAAGAUUUCACCUUUCUCAAUCUCGACUCUUUCCGCAAUGACGUUGACUUGGCGAACCAACUUGGCACCAACUAGCUUAUCUCCGCUUGAGUGAAUACCGUUGAUGGGCUGCAAUGAAAGCUGUUACUAAUAAUGCCGUGGACCUAUUGCGUGGAGUUAGUUGAGUCGAUCGCGAUGUACGCUGUCAUAGGUAAGUAGGUCCAAUUCCACCCGACCUUUCAGCACCAUAACUAAUUUGGCGGUUUCUGAACUAUCGUCGCACCUUGAAAGUCGUCCUUUCGAAAGUUGCUAGUUGACGGGACAACUCUGUCCUUGAGGCUGAAGACCAGGUCGCAAUAUUUCCUUAAUGUGUCCACAUAGGUAACUCUAGCCAACACGAUACCUGAGUAUGAUAGUCGUAGUCGGUGUCGUAAUAAAUGCCAGAAAAUACGUUGAACGCGUAAAUAAAGGUUUUUUUCCCAGUUAACAGCUGUUUCCGGACUCGUCUUCCAUCGUCUUGACAUUGAAACACAGUGAACGUUGGGGGAGAAAGCGAGCCCGAUGCUCCAUAGAUAUCCCUCGCUCUCAUCCAGUGCAAAAGCAAUUCUGCCGCUCUAUGGUAGUGGCAGUCGUCGUUUACCUGUCGAUGGUGACCGUCAUUAUUUUUGCCACACCCCAUACCGUUUUGAAUGUUUGUUAUCGCUCCUUCCUACAUGUACCUGUUGGCUGCUUGCCACAUCUGAUCUAGUUUUUCAAUUGCGCCUCUCACAUAAAUGGGCUGAAACUUUUUUCUGCUCAUUCGCCUUUCUCGGCUACGCCACCAUUCUGUAACAUAUUUGACGAAUGCCCGUGUGAUUGAACUAGUUAAUAGCUUGGCGAAGUCCUCGGCUGUGCGAAAGAGCGUCUAGAAGGAUGGUCAGGUAUCUUACCACUCUUUCGCUAUGAGCCCGUUCGGAGCACGAUACAAAUACUAGUUAACGGAUGUUUUAGCUUCCAGCCGUUAAGAAGCGAAUGCAAAUUCAGAAGCCGCAGUUAGGUUGCCAUUUACAACCAACAUGGUCACUCCGUCCCACCCAUGAAUGCUGUUAUCAGUUAUCGGCGGACUCGGGUGCUUCACCGUCUCCACUGGUUUCAUCGAUUCCAUUGAUCGUGAGUCCGUGGAGUAAAUAAGGACGUAGAGUAGUCCGGUAGCCAAGGUCGUUCCUAUUGGCAAGGCUUACCCAUCCACUAGACCGCAGUGAAUUCUUACCAAGCAGCUCGAAUUAUGAAAGUGACCUCACAAAUGCCCCCAAACUAUCUGGGCUAAUUAGACAGUUCAUGGCCCGUCGAUGCUAAUAGGGCUUCUAAAGGGUGGGUUCACUGAGUUUAUUGCUCCUACUUUAUGCGAAAACUGAUUUGUUACGCGGUUUCAAUUGACAUAUUUUCAGGAAGUAGUGAUAUUUAGUUUGAUGCGGUGGUGAAAAAGGCUAGCUAAGGAAAAAAGGUGUCUCUCACCGGCAUAUGCACCGUCUGUUUGAUUUUUCAGCACAGAUAAACCGCAGUUUUGUGAUGUGGUAGCGGAAAAGCUGGACUCUUUGUUGCUAACCUCCGGAAGUCCUUGAAGAUGAAAGUCAGACGAUCUUUAUCGUCUGUUGAAGGCCUCAUCCCUGACAUAUUUUCCUUGCUCGGCACAUUAGCUCCCCUGGAUGUAGAAUAUCGAAGUAAACUUUCAGACACUAAUUAGUUUCCUCUGCAGCCAUCCAUUGACUCGUCUUGUUUCUACUACGUACCCAGAGUCGCCCACUUCGGAUCAUUGUCAAUCUCCAUAGUGGUGUCGUGGCCACGUUGCACAUUCAAUAACAUCCUGAUCUUCGUUUGUCUGAGGGUAUUACGAAAGAUCAAAAUUUACUGUCCAGUUCACCGGCGUUUCCUUCCGUCGUUAUUUUUGGAAUUGGUAAAGAAAAAACUCCGAACCGGUUUGCGAAUGUAUUGAUUGCAGCCUUCGAACAUCCCAAGUUGCGCGGCUAACCGUAUGUAUUCCUGUCAAAUCUGACCGGCCGGGAUGCCUCGUCAUGAAAUCACCAUGAUGUCAUUAUCCUUUGGAAAGUUAAACCUGAACCGCGGAUCCUAACCCUCCGGUAGUUUGAAACUCGGUUGCAUCGUGAUCUUCCAGACGUCGGUUGCUUCGUACGGCCUGUAAGAACUGUACCUGAUAAUAUUUGGCGCAUCCGAGUAAAGGUGAAGUCCCGUGAUAGCGCCGCUCUUCGAAACAAAGUCAAAGCCAUCAUACAGCAAGUACUUGAAAGCUUCAUUAAUGGUGUCACUAACUGUAACACCUGUGUUUUUAGUGAUGUUCGCUUAUUCUUGUUUUUGCUUGUACCUCUGCAGAUUGCACCUCCACGCCACCCGACCAACACUAUUCAGGAGGACGAGGUUGACGUCAUUCUGGCUGCGAAGGAUGGUCGAAUCAUGCGAAAUCGAAGCGAACAAUUGUAGGCUGUAACCCAGAUUACGACGUCCACACGAUCAUAGCUAGUUGUCCUAAGCUUGUGUUUAUGCCGUUUUAUUUGCAUCCACAGUCCGAUGACCCUGACACACGAUCACAGGUCUAAAUCAGAAUCCGUGCUCAGCGCGGCUACUAACUACUGCCUCUCUUGGUUUCCUCGUGUUUUAGUUGCCAUCAUCCGGAAUCCGGUCAGUGCAUCCACUGUGUGCCAUUGGAGGUCGGUUUUAAAUGCCUUCUCUUCAGACAGCCUUUCCGUUAUGAAUAAUUGUUACAUCUCCACAGUUCUCUGUUGACUUUUGUAACCAUUUUCAGCCUUACGACGCGGACUACCUGAGACACUGUGAUCCUCCAGUGAAAUUUAUGUCCUUUCAUGCCUACCUGCGCAAACUCCACGGAGGACAGAGCAGGUGCGCCCGUUUUUAACAUUUUUCUUGCCUUUUGGACUGUUGGCCAUUUGCUAGCAUUGCAGAGACUGAUUUGCAUGCUUGUCUGGUGGAGACGGUUCGAUCGUCGUUUCCGACGAUGUCCACCGUGUGCCCCGUAACAGAGGGGGAGGGUGGAGGGGGGGGGGGCGCAGGGACGGUGACUCACGUGUAUAACGUCAGUAGACGUGCUCUGCACCUACCACAUUCCCUCCUUCACCCUCCCGGGCUGGGUUUAAAGACAAAGUCAAGACGUCCGAUGGCGGGAUCGUGCGCAGGUGACUGGCGCGUCGUGAACCACCACCCAAGCGUGCCACCACACCCUCUGGUUCGCGCAAAAGCACCCGGACCUCACAACAAAAAGGAGGUGGGGGGGGGGUUGCAUGAUACAGCGGUUAAAUCCAUUGGCAGAUCCUUCCUAUUACAACCUUCACACCCGGUCCCGAAUAGAAAGAGGUGUUGAACGCCGGUUGAGGGAAUGCUGCAUUCUGUACAGAAGGAUUAGAGAACCGGUUGGAGUAAGUUGGCAGACAGACGAGCGAACGCGUGGAGCUCCGUGAGAGCGGCGUCCAGAGUGACAGUGGGGAAUACAGCAGACGUGCUAUCUCAUGAAACGUCGGCCGAAAUUCUGAAUAUGUUUUCGAUUCGAAAAGAUUAGUUAAGUAGGGUUGUAAUAUUAGUGAUCAUGCAGCUUAAUCCUAGGAUAUUUCAUUCACAACAGGAUGCUAGCUUUUGAAUGAGCUUAUUUUCGGCCGUCUGCAAAGACUACACCCUGUAAAAAUGACUACUUAAUUAGCAUGCAAUUUCCCCAUUAAUUUCCAAUGUUCCCAUGAAUUUGAUUAUACUUUUUAGAGAACGGGCACAAAAAUAUUAUUUCUUGCGCUUAUUUCGUAGUCAAUUACGCCUUCUUCAAGCUCUCUACUUGAAGAGAGGGUAACUUUCGAUUUUUAAAAACUUUUUGAAUCCCCAAAUAUUUUUUACCUGCCUGCCUUUACACUAGCAUCCUGGGUUUCCAGGGUAAAUACUGUAUGCAUUCCGUCAAAGGAAUAUCACACAUUUCUCUACGCUGUUAGGAAGACGUCAUAUGACACUCAUAAAAUUGUGCAAUGGAUGUGGACCAGCUUGCCGAUGCGGUGCUGUACGGUCUUAAAAAAUCGCAUAAUUAGAAACUUGAGAACGGAAACAUAUCCAUCCUCUGGGUAUGAACUUUGAAGAAGGCACAGUUUGCUGCCAAGUGAAUACGAUAACGAAUAUUUCUGUGCACGUUCUCUAUAAAAUACAAUCGAACUCAGGGGGCAUUGAAAAUGAAUAUAAAACCUUCAUGCUACUCAAGUAGUCACUUUUGCAGUGUAGUUUCUGCAGACGGCCGAAAAAAAUCUUAUUCAAAAGUCGGCAUCUUAUUGUGUCUAUUGCUACACAAUAGUUAAUAUAGCAAUCCUGCUUAAGUAAUCCUUUCGAAUUUCGGUUAAAAUUUCACGAGAUGGCAGUUCGACCGUCGUUGCCGACGAUGUUCACCGUAUGCUCCAUGGCACGGUGAGUUGCGCAAGAAGUAGUUUAUAAUGAGAGCAAACUUGCGCAUCAACUACCCCACUCUCUCCUCCCCACCUGGGUCCGGUGUUAAGACAUAUCCAAGAAGGACGGAGGCGGGAGAAGGCGCAGGUGGUUGGCACUGCCGGACCUGCUCCUAGGCGCACCACCACACACCCAGGUCCACAACAAACACUCGACUACGAUUUUAACCAGUAACGAAAAUCAGUCAGAAAGAGAAGGGUGACGCCAGUUACUGGGGGACCAUGCAAACGGCCCGUAUAGUCAGCGGAAGCACAAGUGCAUCCACCGGCAGGGAACCAGGUGUUAGAGAACUGCCAGCGCACACCAGGCUGCAGGUACCAUGGUUUGCCGAAUCAUGGCAUACAAUACGUAGACGAUCCUUAAAGCUCAGAAGGAUGAGACGCCAGACACUGGUUCGCCAGUCUCUGCGACGGAUUCGCAAGUGACCGAUCAGAGCGAUGUGUGAGACGAAUAUACGGGGACAGUGUGGACAUGAGGAGUCGGCAGUGUCAGGAUCAGCUUUGGUGAUGGAGAUGGUAUAGCUGGUGCUGAUGGGCGCGCUGGGCGGCGGAGUGUGGGCGGGGCUAGGCAUGGUGGGUGUGCUUGAUGUGCUAGGUGUGUCGGGGCUGUGGUCAGUUCUGAUCUCUUGGAUACGCAUGUGGCCGAAUAGGCCUAUGCGGUAACUGAAUGUGCAAGGGUAGUGUGGACAGUGGAGGCGGAUGCGGAUUGGUGCUCCAGACACUGGUCCGCCAGUCUCUGUACGAUGGAUUCGCAAGUGACCGACCAGGCCGACGUGUGCGGUGAAGGUGCGAUCGCAAUGAGGACAGGUAUAGACCGGGUCCUCAUCACUGGUAUUGACAGAGGUGGUGUUGGUGUUUGUUCGCGUGCUAGGAUUGUGUGUAGUGCUGAUGGGCAUGACGGACGCCACACCGGCAGACACUGAGGCGGUGAAGGAGGAGGUAAUAGUGCUGGUUUGGGAGGGCGGUCAAAGUUAGUCAACGGCGUGGGGGACGAGGGAGAGGUGGACGAAGAGAUGGCGGCUGGUGCACUCGGGGUGCUGCAAUUGGUCCGGAGAUGUCCAACAAGUCCCAUUGGCUCCCUGGAUGUCCGUUGACAUCGUGGACCCGUUGGAGGUGGUUGGGUGCUAGUGUUGUGAGGCGGCGACGGCGGCAGUCGAGAUUUUCGUGUCUCGCGUUUGGCUUUGGCGGCGGUGAUGCGAUUGGCUUCGAAGAUUGCUGCGCCUCUCUUUACUGUUCUAGUCUACGUCGGCCGAUCCUGGGCGAGGUCUUCCCAGUUGGAUAAGUCGAUUUGCAGGCGCUUCAGGGAGGUUUUCAGAGUAUCCUUGUACUGACGGACUUGGCCUCCUUAUCGGCGGGAACCCGUGGCGACAUCUCCGUAGAAGAGUCGUUUGGAUGGCUUCUCGUCGUCCAUCCGUACAAGAUGGCCGCUCCACCGUAGUUGUAGUUGUCUCAGUAUAGCGUAGAUGCCGAAGAUUCCCGUCCGCUCCACUACGUCCGUGUCUGGGAUCCGGUCCUGCCACCUUAGCUUCAGUAUCCGAUAAAGACAACUGAGUCUACGUUCCUGCUUCAUGUACGCCGUCCAAGUCUCUGCUUCAUACAGCAACGUCGGUAGGAUGACGACCUUGUGCAUCUUCAGUACUUUUUCCGAGCUGAAGACCGUGAUGAUUCCAGACUGUUUUGAAGACGACCAAAGGCUUAAUCGGCCUUGGAAAUCCGGCGAGUCACUCCAUCGUCGAUUUCGGUGGUGCGAGAAAAGUAGGUAGAGUUGUCCACGACUUGAUUUGAGGUGCGGCGUAGGCAGCGUCGGAGGGCGAUCGAUGCAUAACUACCGUUUUCUCCGUGUCGAUGACCAGGCCGAAGUUUUCGCAGGCGGCGGCCAAGAGGUACAUGCUUCUUUGCAUGUCCCCUUCCGAGGUGGCGUUGAGGGCGCAGUCGUCGGCGAAAAGAAGUUCAUGGACGGUCGUUGUGGAUACACGCGACUGGAAGUGCAUUCUCCGGUGGUUGAGGAGGUGGCAGUCCGUCCUCUAGGCGAUGCGGAUCCCAGAGCGUUUUUUCCACUAGGCGUCCAUCAGCACGUCAGAGAAUAUGAGAGAAGCAGCUAGGCGCGAGAACGCAUCCCUGCUUCUCUCCGUUUGUCACUGCGAAUGCCUCUGAUGCAGCUUCAUUUUCUGUAACCCGCGCCAUCAUGCCAUCGGGAAGCUGACGCACCAUCUGGAUGAAUCGCUCGGGACAGCUGAAUUUCUGCAUGAUUUUCCACCGUCCUUCGCGAUUCGCCGUAUCGAAGGCUUUCAUCAGGUCCACGAAAGUAGAUUAUUGGUGGGUCCGCAUCUCCCGACACUUCUUCCGCAGUUGGCGGACGGCGAAGAUCAUGUCGGUGGUCCCACAAUGACGGCGAAAGCCGUACUGGCUUUCCGGCAGGAGACCUUGAAAGACACUACCCAUAUAUACACACACACACACACACACACUUUCCGCACAUGCAUGAGAGUGGCGGAGGUCACGUUAAGAAUGGGACGUUACAGCCUGACUCUGAGUCCAUCAGUCAGCCACUCCGCACAAACGCUAACAACUGAACUGACUGUGUGGAUUGAGUUUAGGCAUUUGGCGCACCAUGAUAGUCUCAGGCUCGGAUCGCACAUGCAGCAGAGGGGCCACGUGGAAAAGGAGCCGGGAAGCAUGCUUCCCACUUACGUGAGAGGUGUCAAUCUGGUGUUUGCGUUGUGUGGCGGUGGGUGAUGUUGGUGUGUGAUGCAAGCGCUGGUGGGCAAGCGUGUGACCUAAUAGGCUCAUGCGGGGGCAGUAAGGACAGUUGACGUGGAUGUAUCGAGUGUAUGCGGGGGCUUCAGGCACUAGUUCGCCAGUCUCUGUGCAAUGAAUUCGCAAGCGACCGACCGGGCCGAUGUGUGAGGUGAGGACAGGUAUGGACCGAGUCUGCAUCGCUGGAUUGGGGACGUUAGUGGUGAUAAUACCGGAUGAUGGGAUGUCGGAUGUCGCCCCAUCCGUAGAGGAAGUGUGAGAUUUGGUUAGCGGAACUGGUCGCUGUGGCCGACGCAGGGUUUGAGGCAGGGCGGAUUAUGUUGGUCGGUGAUAUCGGUGGGACAGUGACAGUGGUCGUUGGUAACGGGGAUGGUCGUCGUCGCGGGGUUUUUUGCAGGGCGAGAGUGGAAGAAGUCGGUGUUGCGAAGUUGUCAGUCAUUGUGUCCGAAGGUGUCCUGCGAGGCCGAUUCGUGCAUAGAAUAAUGUUCGUUUUCGUUGAACCUCUUGUGUGCUGCUGAGCGAAAAGAAUGGAAUCUUCCUCACUAUGAACAAGUGCACUCUCAAGUCACGAUACUUCUCGUCGCUUGCAACGGUCGAACCAUCAACUUAUGUCCUAAAGAGGAAUCACAAGAACGUUAGAAAAUUUCGCGCCGUCUUGGAAUUUGAUGUUGAAAACUGCGGCAGAUUUUGGAUUAAAGGAAGUUCAUUCAUCCACUAGUGUUGUCAAAAAUAGCCUGCGCCCUUACUUGCCCCUAUGGUUUCUGAACUGAUUGAUGUGUACUUUCACUAAAACAGUUUCAUUGAUCGUAGUAUAUCCAUGGGGGAGGACAUACUGGUGUCAACGGUGUGUUAGGACAGAUUUGAAUAUUCGCAUGCUUAGUUGGUGGGCCCGAUAAAACUGCGAGUAUUUGGUAGCAAAUGCGUAUGUGAACGGUCGAAAGUCUGUUUUUUACGAAACUGAAAUACUAUCUUUUUUGCACGCCAAAGCUUUAGGGAGACAGAUGAGCACGUGACGAAAAAUAAACAAUAGAAAUUCAGGACAUUCUGAUAUUUGCAUCCACUUUAUGUCAUACCCACCUACAUAUAUGUAAACAUCGAAAAGAUUCCCAGUACUAAGGCCAUCGUUUGUUCCCUAUGUGGAUUAACGCAGCUAGCUGAAAAGUUGCUCAACUGAAAGCUAUUGUGCCACCCUCUGCUUCACGAAAUCACACUCAGGUAAACUCUUCCCUUUAAAUGCAUAUAUAGGAUUUUUAAUGUACGUUAAUACUUCAGCUCUUACUAUGCUGCCCUUCGCCAAAUAUAAUUUCUAAUUUUUCACAAUCCACGCUCUCUAGUUUCUCGCUUAGUCCACAGACUGCAUUGUAUCACAAACGUUUCAAGCACUCGACAAGGACGGAGUUAGUGCUUGACUCCUAAAUGGUUUUGCUGUUUUCGAACGCUGUCAGAGCCAUAGGAAUAUAACAAAAUUCAAUUGGAAUUACCGUCUAGUUCAGAUUUUAUUUGCUUUACAGUUACUUCAUUCUUGCACUGACAGGGGCAAAUUUGUUCGUCUGGAAAACGUUGUUUGCACCAUAAAACCUGGCUGCACGGACCAUCCGGCCUGGCCAGAGGGUAUUUGCACCAAGUGUCAGCCCAAGCCAAUCACCCUCGAAGUGCAGGCCUACCGUCACGUGGACUACGUACAAUUCGAAAACGGCCAGAUGAUGGAGACCUUUUUGGAUUACUGGCGCUCGACGGGUAACCAGCGAAUUGGUGUGCUCCUGGGCCGCUACAUGCCCUUUGACACCCCUGGCGCUCCUCCGCUCUCCAUUAAGGCUGUCGUCUCGGCUAUCUACGAACCGCCCCAGGUAGGCAAAACCUCUCCCCAUCUAUGUUUAUACACGGCCCUUACUCUCUUUCUUCCGUUCUAUCUGCUAUUAAUAGUCCCUUCAUCUUUCCCCCUCACCCCCUACUUUUCCGUCGUCACACCAACUUUAAGGACAUACAAUUUCUAGCGUCUGUGUACUAGUUAGAAGGCCUGAGACUCCGAACGCCGAGUUGCUAUCUCCGUCUUAUUUUAGUUCUUUUCAUUCUCUCCAAGGCUUCCACUUAGUCCCUUUUACUACCCACCCGACGCUGACUUCAGCUAGUCAAUCUCACUACCAGCUUUUCUGCGUUCCGUUUCAUGGCUGUCUACUUGCGAAUGCCAAUAACUCUGCUAAAGUUGGCUCCCGACUACAUCAGCCUUUUUUUUACCUAACGACAGUUUACUUACUCCGAAGCCUCUUUGCAUUCUGGCCUUGGCAGACUUGCGAAAGACUGUUCUAAAAGAACAUUAUCCGAGAUAGUCUCAAACAAUAUGCGUGGGCAUUUGGAGAGUGUCCUAUGCGGGAAGUUUUCAAGUCCUCGCUUCGAGUUCGACACAAGUCACAGCUUUCUCCUUCCCUUUUUCCCCAUCUAAUGGUCCUCGUCAAGCGAGAUAGACCAACUUGGUACUAAUGGAAAUCCAAAGACCUUGCCUUCAAACAAUGCUUAGGGGUCGGUUCUUUUUCUUCUCUCUUACUGUGUACAAAUGGACCCUUUUGUCUUCGCUAGGGCAUCCUUCCAUCCGAUCACUUCAUUCUGCAUCAUUUUGCUCUAUUUUGUAUCAUUAGGAGUCAACCAACCGAUCUGUGAGUCUCCUCUGCCCACUAGAGGAACUUCUCCCCCCAUCUGCCUUAGUGACAGCUGACGGUCUCGGUCUGCGUCCAGUUGGUUGGAUCUUCACUGACCUCACGCCCGAGGACGGCAAGAAAGGCACAGUGCUUCACUAUCGUGGAUCCAUUGUACGUCCUCUCAUUGCUUCCAGUCGAAUGAGUCCACAGGAGCAGAACAUGUAGCGUCAAAUGCAACUCUAACUUAAACGUUUUAUGUCUGUCCGUUUUUGGUCUCGACUUCCAUAUAAUCUUUUUCCAAGUUCUGCAACGCAUCUUCCCUAUAAUGGGCGCCUUACGGUGUUCAUAUUCACGUGAUAGUUUCGCUGACUGAAUUGGCUCAAUUUCAGCUAGUAGGUACAGAAAUUCGAACGUCGAUUUUCGGCUUUUAGACUGGGAUAUGGGUUUUCUUGCCCCCCCCCCGUCUUUUAGCAACAUUUUCGAAUGUGUAUUCCCUCCCCUACUAAGGAUUGUGGAAGACUACCCUGGAUGUUGUUGUUGGAUCAGAAAUCGCUGCCCUCCCGUACGUCUUCCUCGGCAGGUCCAUCCAGAGCGCGCAGACCGUACCUUUUCAGCCGUCGAAAUUGCGCACCUCGACACGGCCCCCUCGACAACGGUUAUGUGGGACCGUUUGGUGGAGGAAUGACUUUCUAUAGUUCCUGAAUUUGAAGGUGGGCAUCUUCACCCUCCUGCGCACACCACUUUAAGGUUCCACAAUCGUGUGGGACGACGGCGAAACAGUGGUCAGCAUUCAAUAAGCCAUAACACUCAUAUCGCUUGUAAUCUCUUUAUUGGUAACUAACACGUCAGAUUGGUGCCCAACCAAGCCUAAAGCUUAUACCGACACAAAACCGUUACUGCUUUUUCGUAAAGCCCGUGAGCCUGUUUCUUCGCAUUCAGCCCAUUUUUGUCUCGUCCCCGCGAGACGAGCCACUGUCGUUGGCGGUAACGAAUGCCAGUGGGUGCGUGUGUGCGUCAUGACAUGCCUGGUCUUGCAACGGCAGCUUAUCUGAGCAGGAGUUCCUGCGCAUUCAAAGGAAUGUAGGGCUAGGGAUGCUUACUGCCAGGAGCGGUCGAACUGCCGAUUUCGCUUGCUUUUAAGAUGCUGUAGGGAUACCCGUUGCUUCUUUGACUACGCCCUGAGUUUAUUGUCGUCUGGGCCAUAAUCUUACCGAAUUUUAAUAACGAGCCUUCAGUACAGAAACAUGAUACUCGUGAUCAAACCUCUAACGGCGAACAAUUGGAGGAUGUCACUAUGAUAAAUCAGUCGUCGAUCAGUCCAACGCGAAUGGGGGGAUUGACAUAAGAACUUUUUGACUGCCUGCACAUCACUGCCAAGUUUAAUCCAACCAACGAUUUUUCUCUGUCGACUUUGACACCUGAUCCAUUUAGCUCCUUUGCAGUACCUCCACAUUUUGCGAAUUGAUCGACAGAUCAACAAACUAAUCUGUCGUUCAUUUUAGUCACAGGCAAGUGUAUCGUGGGCGAUUAUUUAUAACCUGGAGGAAGUAUUCAUCUCUUGAACAGUAAUGAAGGGAAUAUUGUCUCUACAACUACUGCUUAAACAUUUUUUGUUAUUGCAUCUACGCGAAUUUCUUCUAUGCUCAAAUAAUUUGCCCGUCUAUUUCCUCGUAGGACACCUUUUUCCUGAGUGCUCAAGAGUGCAUUACCGCAGCUUGCCUUCAAAAUUUGUUCCCCAAUGUUUCCAAGUACAGCCCCGAUGGACACUUUGGCUCCAAGUUUGUCACUGUUGUAGUCACUGGGGGCCCCGAAAACCAGAUCAGUUUCGAAGCCUACCAGGUUUCCAAUGUGGCUAUGUCUCUUCAGCGCGCCAACAUUUUGCUGCCUACGUAUGACGCGCCCGAACUGGGGUAUAUUCGGGAUACCACUAAAGAACAGUUCGUACCCGAUGUCUUCUAUUCUGUAAGUUCAUAGUAAAUUUUAUCCUUCGCUGGCGCCCUCGGCUUGUGUCUUUAGUAACACGACAUGCUGAUACCUCAAUUUUAAAAAUUAAGUAGGAACUGUUUUCCUCGCCUUCGUGCCUAGUCUAUUUAUCCAAGUCUAGAGGGACUUUUUCAUAGGAGCUCGAAUUAAACGCCCACGGUUUUUGAGCCAACAACUUUGCAGACAUACCAGGAAUGCUAACAGGACUAUUGAUGGGUCUCUUCAUUCCUCAUCUCGUCGGGCCUAGCCGAGAGUUUCAGGUAUGGUCUGCGAGUGUCUCUGGCAGCGGGAGCGUUUCUAAUUAACAGUUUAUUGGGUAGUGACGACUUUGGAGUACACGAUAGUUCGACCAUCGUAAGCGGCAACGUCUGCCGCUGCCCCACGAGGUGGGCACAGGGGUAAUUCGCCUGCAAAUUUGUGUACAGUGAAGCAGAGCUGCCCUGCAUUGGACUCGCCUUUCCUCACCUCGCCCAUCAUGCUUCGAUGGCAAGGCAAAGUCAAUACAGCCGGAGGUGGGCGUGUGCGCAGUGCUUGGCAAAGCAAAAUAAUCCGUCUACGCGCCCCAUACACGGCCUGACCUCCGUUUCGUACACACCAGCCCGCGUUUAGGGAGACUUAUCGAAUCCCACGUAGGUGACAAUCCUAUGAAGGCCGAAUUAAGAAGAAACCUUUUCAGCCGAACCCUCUUUCUUUAGAAGGGCCAAGUUAACCUGUCAGUUGGCAACCAUCCAAGCCACGACAGGCUCAAGCAUGUCAGAUUUAUUUUAACGAAGAAUGCGCCAAUUUGCCGUUAGGAUGGAUCACCAGCGUCGGUCUUUAUCCCUCCUCGCUCUUUCUGGCGUUUUGGAUUCCUACUCGAGACAGCCACAGAUCAGACGAUGGGCGCAUAUGAGGUUCACUGCAGUGCCGAUAUAACACAACUGUGUUUGUGGCUGAUUGUGUGGUUGAUGUUGAAACUCAGUACUUGCGUCGUAUUAAUCUCUUUCCUGAGCGCAUUGGUUUUUAAGCCACCACGAUCUUUGCGGCAGACCAAGGCAUCAAGAAAGACCGGCUGGUCGUUUUCUUCCCCGUCGUAAAUUAUAUGUCCGGGAAGACUUGUUGAGAUGUUUUCUGAAUCCCAUCGCCUGAUCCUAUUCGACGACGACGGUGUCAUCCACAUACCGAGCUCAUAAUUUUGGUCUAUGGUGUCAGGAGACCAACGAUUCCACCCGUUUGCAUGACCACCGAAUCUAUGAGUCCCAAAAUCGGCGGUCUCAUUAGCCUUUUGUACUUAUUUAUGAUUUUUUGUCGUCUCAUUUGCACAUUUCGACCGGGAUUGCAUCAACGCCAGGUUCUUCUAGGUUGACAGCUGUUUCACUGCUUUGAUUGUCCCCAGGAGAGAGAGCAAUCAAUCCAUGUCGUCAUUAGUGUCUACUUGAGGAAGUCGGCUGAUGGCUUCUUCUCGGAUUGUGGACGGGUGGAGGAGAAUAUCCUUGAAGUGCGCAGGUCAGCACUUAAGGAUCUGGGAAUUUUUCGACAGUAGGGUUUCUCCAUUUUGGCUGAACAGUGGCACAGUCCUUUUCGGGCUUGGAGACCGUAGACCGUUUAGAUAUCGUGAAGAAAUUCUCUAUCUCUCCGCGGUCGUUUUCUACCCUACUCUCCGCCACAGUUGACUUCGACAUGGGAAGAAUGUGGCCUUACUAAUGUCGGUCCCGUUGCUGUUGUUCGCUGUCUGUAGACUGUUCUUCCUCGGGGAAAGGUGAUGGAUUUUUUUCGUUGUUAUCCCCAAAUCAGGCCUGGUGCUCCUGAUGUACACGACCAAGGACUUCCAGAGCGAUGGCCUGAAUGGAGUUCUGGGGUUCCCACCACUGGUUCUAAACAGCAACAAUUUCUUCCAAUACGUGGAUUUGUUCUAAUUUAAGAGCAUGCGAUUUCUAAAGUUCAAUAAACGUUCCGCCGUAUCCAGGGCUACAGUACUAGAAUUACCUACCGCUUGCUUCCCAUGCAGUCGCCCACAGGUUGUGAUUGAUGCUUCCUCGUUUUGGAGGCGAUAAGGCAAUGGUUUGUCCAUCAGUCUGCACCACGAAUCGCCCUAGUUACGCCCUCGGACUAGGAUGCAGUCCGGCAGUUUGCAUUUCCGGCGGCGACUGUGCAUCCACGUUGUCUUCUCCCAGUUUGGAAGACGGUAAACGGUCUUGGUCGAGGGAAGUCUAUGUUCUUCAAGUGAGAAGGGCUGGUCGACCGCCGCAUUAUUUUGCUUAUUUUUCUGAACUUUCGCACUCUUGCAGUAGUCCAUCGUUAGAGAUAGUAGCAACAACAGAACAAGCGCUUUUAUAGGGCGUGCUAGCCAAUCAUUGGUCGAUUGCGCGGAACUGAAAGUGACUGCGCAGGACUCUGUACGUCGGGGCCAGAUUCAUAAAUCGAUUGAUUGAAUUUCCAUCCGAGGCCCAGGCUUCAAUCAAUUCCCGGCCUGUUUUCCUUCUGGUGUGGGCGAUUAUCUUGGUGGCUGCGAAGUUAAAUUUAUGACCCAUUUCUUAGAUGUGGGCAACCACUUGUGAUAGCUCGUCGCCUCGUCGCAUGACCAGCCUGUUUUAUGCACACCUACAGGAGCAGCCAAUUACUGUUGAAAAUGUCUAUUCCGUGGCGACCUAGGUAUUGUUAUCUAUGCCUAUGCGAGCAUCGAAGUCAUCAACGGCAAUCUGUUUGUUUGCCCUCGGCGCAGUUCCCCGGCUAUGUGACAGCUCAACCGUCGAUUCCGACAAUGUCCACCAUGUGCUUCACAACAAGGUGAGGUAGGGACGAUGACUUGCACGUGAAUUAGUUCCUAGUGAAUGAAGACUUUCGAAGCAUCUAUCGCACACUCCUCCCUGGCGAGGCAGUAGUAAUGAUGAUGAUGAUGGUGGUGGUGGUGGGGGUGGUUGGUUGAUUGAUUAUGAUGAGGUGACCUUUGGUUUUCCGGAGGGGCAGCGCAGACGUCCUACGAUGCUAGUCUUGAUGGUAAAGACUACUCCAUCGUCUCAUAGUCCGGUCUUCCGACAUGCCCUCCAGAGGGACACCUAGUCGACACUUGCUUCUUCUACUUGUCCUUCGGGAAAGUGGGUGUCACUGAAAGCCUCAACAUUCACCCUGUAGCACGUUAUCCUGGGAGCGACCAGAGCUGUCCUCCCUUCCAAUCGAUUGAACAUUGAAUCAUCUAAGAGCGAACAAACAUUCCAGAGUAUCGAAGUGACCCGGCUAUCUCUGUUAGACUGUAAGGAAGCGCGGGAGUGGGGACGACAAUUGUUCUAGCUUUUCUUCCGCAUGGUUUGCGUCCACGAACCACGCCGACGACGCAUCUUACCAGCACGUUUAAGGCACAUUUCCUCUUCCCCGCGAAGGGAUAAUCAGUGCUUCCCUGUAUGAGUUUCCUCUCAUCCCAGGCGGUCAUGGCUUCUUACAGUUGGAAGACGACCCGCGUACGGGAUUGCAUGCCUCCGUCUCCGUAUGACUUUUUGUUUAGAGUGAGGAAGAAGGUCGGGGGUAAGUGGAGGGACUUUCGGAUGUCAAGACGCAUACACGCGGGACACUCAUUUACAUUAGCUCGUCAGUGAAGAACAGUUACGGGGGGUGUAUCCGCCGUACUGAGCACGACUUCGUGGAGUCACCGUUGAGAGCCGGGCGCCGUGGCGUGGUGAAGUAGAAGCAUCCACCAGGUUCACUAUUGCGCUUGGUGAGGACCGUCAACGUAUCGCCUACAAGUGUUGUCGUGAAAGUUCCUGCUCUAACCGACCUAGAUGGUGUCGCCUACGCUGUAUCUGAGUGGCAUUCGCUGCGAGUGUGAUGGUCAUUGUAUUAAUUUAAAAUAAAAUGCAAAUUUUUUCCUUACUAUGUACUUUAAAGUCUAGAUUGCUGUGGCUGUAGUCACAUAUAUCAACUAACUAGAGGGAGAGGAUUGGAAAAUAUAGUUCUGGCGGGACCCAGCCUUGACACCGAAAUGUAUUUUGUCCCAUUCGUACCUUGGAGCCACUUCCCCGUUUAUUUGUUAACAGAUCCUCAUUGAUUUUUGAGUGACGUAAUACCUAAAGUAAUUUAAGAAGACCGUUCUUGCAGCACCCAAAGAAAUGCAUAACUGAAAUCGACGUAGCGCUCUUGAAUUGAAUUCAAAAUUACCUAAUUAUGGUUCUUUUGACAUACCGAAGGCAAAAGUUUUCCGGGCAUGCGACUGCAACCCCGUGGCCUACGUAGUCUUGUGAUGUGCAGUUUCCGCAUCGAUUGAAAAGAAAGCUAACUUCCAGAUAAAGACAGAAGAUAGGGAGGAUAUAAUUUCCCAAUUUUGGCAUCAGUAUCUCAGUAAAGUUUUUGAGGAAGUUAGUCUCGCGGGCACCUUAACCGCCUCGAUGGCGAAUUUACAAAAAUUCUAGCACGGCAACCGGACCACCUAAGAAAAGUUAAUAACAACAACGCCAGCGUUAGUUACAGAGAGGUGAUUGUAGCAUACUUAGCAGCUCAGAUAUUAUCGGCUGUUGACCUUCAUUUGAUAGCGGAACGACUGGUCGAUUUGUGCCUCGACCGUCUACUGACCGUAAUUAAGUCGCGCUUCGUUUUUAUCAUUUCUCUUUCUUCACCUGUGCAGCAAUUGCAGAGUUACGAGCCACUGUAGAUGUUAUUUUUUUUUAUUUGUACCCUAAGAUCGACGGUUCAGAUUACUGUUCAUUUCCUGAACAUUUCGCUGAAUAGACUCCACGACGAGUGCAGUCGGUAUGAGUUAUUCUGCCCAAUUUCAUGGUAUCGCAGACUUCAGCUGAAAGAAGUGGUUUAAGUAAUUCAAAUCGUUGCAUUGUUUGGUAUCCACUUUCUCCCGUGGAGCCGUUUCCGUUUGUGCUAGCAUAAAGUUUGUUUAAAUGACCGUACUUUACUACUACUACUACUGCUACUACUACUACUGCUACUACUGCUACUACUACUACUACCACUACUACUACUACUACUAUUACUACUACUGCUGCUACUACUACUACUACUUCCUCUCUCUGGAUCGUCUGCAAACUUUUUUUUUAUUUUUUAGUCAAAGGACAAGUACGGCAACACGGUGACCAAUAUCGGACGCCCUCUCCCGGUGGAGUAUUUGCUCAUCGAUAUGCCAGUGGCUUUCCCCAUUGACCCCACUUUUACAUUCGCGCUGCAGUCCUUACCGUCGAACCGACUCUUCCCCAUAGAAAACCGUCAGGAUAUGGGCCAAACCCAGGUAUUACUCAAGACGGGCAGAUGACGUUAAGUCUUAUUCUGUCCGGCCUGCAGGUCUUUUUUCACAUAGUAACGAGACCCAAGCAUAUCAAGCAAGCAGUACUCGAUGCGAUGAGAAUUAUGCUGACGAAGCCCAGUACUGUCGUCUUAUUAGUCCCUUUCCUGAACACUUUAGCUUUUAAGCCAGCACAAUCUUGGCGGCAGGCUGAACGCUGGCGAUUAUGCGGUGAAGUAGUUUUCGUAAAAGACUUUUCCUUAUCCAUGUUUACACUCUACCUCGUUGCCAGUCGGCUUUUUAGAAAAUUUUGUUCAUUCCUUUUCUCGGUCUUUUAAUUGUUUCCCCCGAUUUAAGCAGUGAAUCACUUUUGGCGAAGUGUUACCAACAACGAUAGGGGACAAAAACCGAAAACUUGUAGGAUGACGGUAAAGCGGGGAAACGUGGAUUUUAUGCACUUUUCCACUUUUACCGUCUUUAUCCAUUUAAAGCUGCCUUUGGGAGACGGGCUGGAAUCGUUGGGAAUUGUCACUUUCCGUUGACCGGUGCUGCAUAGCACACCUGCAGAUCCCGGUAGCCGCUAACCAAGGAUAGCAGUUAUAAUGGCAGGGGUGCUUAUGGUCAUCAUCAUCGCAACAGGAGUCUCAAGUUUAAACGAUGGCUUUAUGAGUUCCUGUUAUACCUCACUGAGCAUAUUUUACUUCCCCAACCCAAUCAGUUCGACAAAUGGGAACGUCAGGCCAUUUAUCGACCGUCCUUUCGUAUUGUUAUGGUAUGCUAGGCAUUGUGCAAUGAUUUACCGUACUAACAACUAGGCAUUGCAAUAUUUACCGUGUCGUUCUGAAAGGAUCCCUGCUUACUAAGCUGCCUCUGUUAUUACAUACAGCCGCAGAAGUAUUCCCCCUUUUGGCCGUUCGACUAAUUGUUGCACCUAUCUUUACUCUUUAACUUACUCUGGGAGUCGUAUUGGUGAUUGCAGUUUUGGGACGUGGAUAUGAUCGUACAGAUGAUUGCCCUAUUUUAUUAAUGUUAGCUCACCCUACUCUUCGUGCUCCUUGUAUUAACUGCCCACUGUUGCCCCACAGAACUUCGAAGCCUUCGCCAACUAUCUCUCGGCCGUUGGUCCCACUAAUCUGCGUACCUGUCUUUCAAACUUCCACGUCCUUGCCUGGCUGGCUGGGCAGAAGGACCUACCGUUGGAUGCUGGCGCUGGGUCUUUUGAUGAACUCCUAAAGGCCGUAAAGGCUGACGCCUGCUUUGGCAACAAAUCUGAGGCGGAGAGUCAAGUCGCGCGAUGGGCUGCCUCCUCGCCCCAGUGGGCCACCAUUCGAACCAUGGCGGACUUCGUGCUGGGCAGUCAGUUUAUAUAUCUUCUUAGCAAUAUCUAUCCUGCCUCUCCUACUUUAUCUGUCAAUACCUCUCUCAAAUCUCCCAUCCUCCCUCGUGCAUCUCAACUUUUGUCUGCUAGCAUGGAGGCAGCGGCGACCCACUAAACAGCGGAUUAGGAUUAUGCCUAGUCACCCCGUGCAAAAGCCCAUUCUAUCCGCUACUAUUCUGUUACCAAACAAGUGCACGUUGUCCCUCUGUUUGCUGUGAGGAAUGCGUUUGAUUAGCCUUCGAGAGGGUAUUUAUAGCCUAUUGAGACCAUCACAUAAGUAGGCUUCACAAAACACUUGCAUUCUGACCGUAGUUUCCUCUGACUUGCCGCUGGUGAAGAACUCUUAGAUAAGGAGUGUUAGCAUUGGGUAAAUUAUCAAGCCCUUGUCUCCAAAAAGUUUGCCAAGCUUAUGCGCUAAUGUGAGUUUAAAUCACACUCCGGACCGGAGCGGUAGUUCGCUGACAACUUAUUCUUCCAAGGGACUCCGGUAUUAUCUGUGGUAUCGUGUUUAAUGGAGCACAAUGUGUUAAGUUGCUGGGACUAGUAAGCAAGUCUACGUGAGAAUAAAUGAACACUUACUGUAUGUAGGGUGAGAAUACAAACAGUUCUUGCCGAUAGUUAUCUUCUCCGGGGCACAAUUUCCCUCGUUGAGAUCAGAGACAAAUCGAAUGACCGAAUUUCGUGCCAAGAGCCGGAAGCGCAAAGCUCGAAAGGUGGUUUCCUUGACAAGCCUAUAUCUGCCGCUCGCCCAUCAAUUGCAUUGCAGGUGAAUCUAUAGCAUGCCAUUCAUUUCCUACUAGUGGAUACCCCUGAACACCGAAGACAGACUAGCACUGGAAACCAGCUUGGAAACUAACCCCGAAAUUUCCCGAUUUGCUUUACGUGACGAACAUCUCAUAAGCUACAGAACACUUACACAUGCCGAUUGGUGACAGACCUUGCAUGUGAUCUCGUUGCGUUAGCCUUUUCAUCCCCUUCCAUCCCUCGUUGGUUUACAGACUCGGACAGUCGACUGGUGCAUGGGAGAGGGAAGACAAAAUAAGGCAGGCAUUCGCGGCAAAUCAGCUCAUUCCUCACUAUUAUAAAUCUGGCGGCUGAUUCAAUAUCAGUCGUGGUUUGUAAGGUUGCCAACUGACGGGAUAGCUCGGUUCUUUUCGGGACUAAAAGGCUGCAAUGGUGCCGUAGAAAGUAUUUGGUUAGUAUCGUAUGUUAUUUAGUACCCUAAGUAUACUGCUGGCUACCUGUCGGCAGUUAAUGGAUGUUUCGCGGUUACCCGCUGUGGCUGAUGGACUUCGGCCCAAAUAUUCAUACAUAAAAAUCUCGGUCUGGGCCUAUUGACCUUGAAUAAACUGAUCAACUCCAAAUCCAUAGUUAAUUUCUGAGGAAAUUAAAAAGCGACUGUUUCGCUUGGUUAGUCACUGUUCCCGCGCCCACUCACGACCGUCUCGGCAUUGUUUUGCUACUGGAGCAAGGUGAGUGAUUGAGGAAAGAGUGUUGUAGAUGAUGCGCAAAUCUCCCCUACUGCAAAAAGUUCACACGCAUGUCACCAGUGUUCACUCACGCCGUGUGGCACGCGUUGGGCGUCGUCGUUUGCGUUGUCGUGUCUGUGUAUCACGGAGAGUAUCAAAUAAACUGCAGGUAGACUAAUACAGCGUUGUUUUGGACUUGGUCUGUUUUAGAUAGACUGACCUUCAUGUAUGUAACUCAUUCCGCACGGCUCUGCAUCCGACUCGCACACUUGCAGGAAAUUUGGACCCUUUAGACUACGGAAGUGCACAUUUUGAACCACCUAUCAGCACACAGAUACAGCAAUCAUGUACCAUCCAACGCCAACUGUCGAAUACAUGGAUUCCACGGAAAGUGUCAGUGGUACUCGCGUCGCAGUGGCUGACUAAUUCGUUGGUCAGAACAGCACCACCUCACGGACAGUCAAAAUCGGCGUCGAAGAUGUAGCCUUGAUCUCUAAUGCCAAAUACAUCAUUGGCUGGUUACAAAACGCGGCCCAGAAUCGUCUUUCUUACUUCCUUAACAUGAAACUCUAGAUAUGUAGGAUUGGCAGCCUGACAGCACCACUCGGUAGUGUUGGGACUUGGACAAUAUUUCCAAACCAAUGAAGAACGCUGAACCAUUUCCAUCUUCCAACUAUAUUAGAAGUGAAGUAUAGGGAGCAGAUUCCGGACAUCCAGCUGCUUGAGGCAACUGGUGUAUUGAGCAUCUGUGUCUAGCUAAAGCUGGUCUAACUACCGUUGAGGGGUCGCAUCGUAUGACUGGCGGGUGAAUGCUAAAACGUCUCUUAUACGGGAUGUCGCUACGGACACUCGCAGAAAAAGUGGGCAAGUACGACGCUAGAAGAACUCGCGGAGGUCCUCUGAAUUAUCCCAACGACUUGGGAAACGACUACGUAAAACCGACAGGCAUAGCAAACAGCCGUCGAACUUGGAGCAGCAGUCCUUGAAGCCAACCAGUUAUAGGAAACCAAGGCGAAAGAGUAGGCAUUAAAUAAGGUAAUAUCACCUAUCAACAGCGCUAAUUUCGAACCUUCAUAAAAUGUUUGCAUUCCCAGCGUGCAUUCAAGACCCGGACGGGCCGUGUUGGACACCCGCAGGAUCACCGCAUUGUCAACUAUACAGGCCUAUUAUCUGCAAAAGCAAGCACCACCAUCGUUAGCAACGUGAAAACCGCCAGGACACUUAACACCAUCAUCAGCACUGUAAACACAGUGUCGAAUCGCCCCAUUUCGAUCGCACAUUCUGGUGAUUUGUCGGCUGGUCGUUCUCGUAAACCUAUUGCCGCGUCACUGGCUAACACAUGCCACGUACGCCUUCUCUGUCCAUGCAGCGUCCUCACGUCCAGUCAGCUCGUGGGUCUACUUAAUCAUUCUCGCAUAUACUAAAGCCAGCCCUCACUCAUACAUUGGCCAGCGUCUGUAAUGGUGGACAGACUGUGAUAAAUACUUAUAUGUGCGCGUAACGCACGAUAGGUGGGAGCUUUGCACCACGUUAGCCACCACGUCCAAUCUUACCAUCAGUCCGCUCACAGGUUCGGACAGGCCAGUGGCGUAUGUGAGAAAGAAGGGCAAUACUGAGGAAAUUUCCCUCACGGCAAGUCAAUGUGUUCCUCGCCACCUUAACUGGCGAGCAUGAACCACUCAAGACCUGCGGUCAGUCGUGGCUUGGAUAGUUCCAGAUUGACAAGAUAACUCGCCCUUAUUUAUGACUGAGGACUGGUCUGCAAUGAUUCCCUCUUGAUGUGAUAUCCGGGAAUCCCACCAUGGGGACCAGUAGGCGUAAAGUCACGCUCAAAUCGUCUUUGAUAUGCCUAGACAGACCGUUCACACUGUGUCCACGCCCAUAUCCGAUUGUGUUGGCCGUGGGAGAAGAGCGUGACGUAGUUGCACUGCAGUUGUCAUUCGUUAUAAACAGCCUCACGUCUGAGUCACGGUUGCGCCCCACGUCGUGGGUCAAUCGUGAACCUCUCCGCGACUUCCAACUAUCCUAUGUUUAGAUUUUGUUUUGGUGUUACAAAUGGAUUCUUUUUGUGUGUCUUCUGAUCAGAUGGCAGUCCGCAAACGGCGGCUAACAGUGGCUCGAAAAGCUUUAGAGAUGCCGCCGCCAGUAGCUUACCACCGGAUGGGCAGGAGAUGGAGAGUGACGCGGACUACUGGGCCUGUGCGCACUGCACUUUCCACAACAAACUUGACAGCACGGAAUGCGACAUGUGCCGCUUACCACACAGUGCAUAA